GAGGAGGGACUUCGCCUCUGUGUGUAGUUCCGUCAUUUCCGUCCGACGGGGAAAAAAACAAAACACACCACUAGCAAAAUAGCUGUAAUGAAAACCGAACCUAAAAAGCUCAACUACCACCUAAAUUACCAUGUGUAGCAUACAGGUUAGGCGGUGAGUUAGCUAACGAUACGGGGAACUAAUGUUGGGUAGCCAACCAGCCUUUUUACAACAUGAAUUUGAGAGGACUCUUUCAGGACUUCAACCCCAGUAAGUUCCUGAUCUACUCCUGUCUGCUGCUCUUCUCCGUGUUGCUCUCCUUGAGGCUGGAUGGAGUCAUCCAGUGGAGCUACUGGGCUGUGUUCACCCCGAUAUGGCUGUGGAAGCUGUUGGUCAUCAUUGGGGCCUCUGUGGGCACUGGAGUCUGGGCACACAACCCCCAGUACAGGGCUGAAGGGGAGACAUGUGUGGAGUUCAAGGCCAUGCUGAUCGCAGUGGGGCUCCACGUCCUGCUGCUGAUGUUUGAGGUGUUAGUAUGCGACCGCGUGGCGAGGGGAAAUUACUUCUGGCUUCUCGUCUUCAUGCCUCUCUUCUUCGUGUCGCCCGUCUCUGUAGCAGCCUGCGUCUGGGGGUUCAGACACGACCGCUCGCUCGAGUUGGAGGUGUUGUGUUCAGUUAACAUUCUUCAGUUCAUCUUCAUCGCCCUGAGGCUCGACAGGAUCAUCAACUGGCCUUGGCUGGUGGUGUGUGUCCCACUGUGGAUCCUGAUGUCCUUCCUGUGCCUUGUUGUCCUCUACUACAUCAUCUGGUCUGUCCUCUUCCUGCGCUCCAUUGACAUCAUCGCCGAGCAACGGCGGACUCACAUCACCAUGGCAAUCAGCUGGAUGACCAUCGUCGUCCCGCUCCUCACCUUUGAGAUCCUUCUGGUGCACAAGCUGGACGGCCACAACAGCCUGAGCUACGUGUGUGUGUUCGUCCCUCUCUGGCUCUCCCUGCUCACACUCAUGGCCACCACGUUUGGCCAGAAGGGAGGAAACCACUGGUGGUUUGGCAUCCGUAAGGACUUCUGCCACUUCCUGUUGGAGCUCCUCCCCUUCCUGCGAGAGUACGGCAACGUGUCCUACGACCUCCAGCGCAGCGAGGACCCCGAGGCGGCCGAGGACCUGCCCAUCCCCGAACCGCCGCCAAAGAUCGCGCCCAUGUUCCACAAGAAGACCGGCGUGGUGAUCACACAGAGCCCCGGGAAAUACUUUGUCCCGCCGCCCAAACUCUGCAUCGACAUGCCCGACUAAGCGCCUAUCGGAGCGAGAAGGGGACUGCUGUACUGACGGGUUCGAGUCGCGAAGCCAAAAACAGCAGAGGACACUGCGUUUUCUUUUGGUUUCACCGAAGGAUUUGGUCCCCUGGCCUAAACUCUGCGUUAGCACGGCUGCCGAGACCGAACACACUAGAGCCAACAUGGUGACGGAACACUAAUGGAUCCAUUAUAGUAAAGACUGCCCUGCCUAACUCUGUCGAAGAUCGAAUCAUGGAACCAAAAGAAAGGACUUCUUUGUUGUGGUUUUUUUUUAUCCGUAGAUGAAGUUUCACUGUGUUGCUCACUCCCAGUUGUAUCCAUUUUUACGAUGGACAUUUUGGGGGAAAUUGACAACAGAAUUGUCUCCGAUUCACUUGGAUCUAACUACUUAGGUUGACACGAACGAUGACGAGAAGAGCUGGAUCUGCGUAGACUUGAACAUUUGACUCCGUUAACAGCGGUCGAUCACUGAUUCAGACAAACCUAAAGCCAAGAUGGCGCUCGUCUUGCUUUUAAGAUGGGGACCAUUGGAGAGACCAGCUUGAAUUUGGGAUCUUUUUCUUCUCCCGUUUCCACUUUUGACCAUGCAGGUUGGAGAAACAAAGGGGAGGUGGAGUUAAAAGAAAGGUUCAGCUUCUUUUAUUUAUUUAUUUUUUUUUCAGGUUCUUGGUACAAUAUUUGCAUGCCCGUAUAUAUGUAUACUGAAAGAGCUAGUACCUUCGCCAAGGCGGUUAUGCUCUUCGUCUCGGUUUGUUUCUGUCCCUCUGUCGGCAAGAUUACUAUAACUAUUCUCCUGAUUUUCAUGCCACACCCUUCCACCAUCGAUUUUGGAGGGGACCCGAAUCAUGUCGCGGAUACGCAACUAUUUUUUUUCUUCCACUUUCGUCAACAUUGUGGGGCAUUUGCGCUACAUUCAAAUUCCAUUUAAUUUAUAUAUCAAAUCAUAACCGACGUUAUCACAGGAGCCUUUACAGAUACAGAACAGGUCUAGACCUCACUUCACACUUCAACUUACAGAGACCCAACAAUUCCCCCAAGAACAUUUGUUCACAGUGGCGAAAAAAAAAAAAAAAAAAAAGUCCUUUUCAUUCAUUUGGUGUCGGACUAAUCGGGAAAAAUGUCUUUCCGAUUAUAUUUCACGACUCCCCUAUUCCGCUUCCCUUUCCCUUCGUCGUCACGCAAAAAUACUGGACACCGCUAUCGACGUGUCGUUUAAACACUCUGAGCAAUACAAAAAAAAAAAAAAAAAAGCAACACAUCGUCUUUGCAGCGUCGAUGUCGUUUCCACAUCACGACCUAAAGCUCACGGGGACACGCUAAAGUCGAGACUUCCCACCUCGGAAAACGGGACCAUCCGUGGAGCUUGCGAACGCACCACCUGGCCUCGGCGGAGCUCUGCCGGUCUCGGUAAUCGUUCCUUCUGUUCAUACUUCGUACCGGCUGUGUAGGGAUUCCUGCCGUCCUUCACACCAACUCAAGACACGUCGGGAACCAAAUCCACCGUUUGUUAAAAAAAUAAUGCAGCAAGUGUGAAAUGUCCUCUUUGUGUUUCAUGUGAGAGUGUGUCCGUGUGAGGGCUGCGUAGGAUAUGCCAACACAGAGGGGAUGUCGCACUAAAAGGGUUGUAACUGAGACUGCUGAAGUCUCCCAUUAGCUUCAGCCCAGCGUUAGAAUGCACACCUGCACAGAACGAGAACUGUGGAUUUCGUCCCCCCAUCUCUUGCACUGCACCAGUAUGGACAGGCUGAAUUAUUAAAGUGACUCUUUCAGUGGGUUUUUGUCAUGCAAAUAUUGUAUUAAAAAAAAUAUACCUGAAAAGAAAUUGAACCUUUUUAAAAGAGAACAAUGGAAAGAAAAAAAAAGCACUUUGUUAAUCAGUUUUUUUUUGUAUUCCUGUUUUUUGUGUGUGUAAAUAACAUAAGUCACAUUAGGGACCAGAGUGGAGAUGGCAGGGUUAAAGAAAAAAAAAAAAAAGGAGUAUUUGCAAACAAUCAUCCACAUCUGUUUCAAUUCAUCUUGUAGUACAAUCUGCGCCGAGAGUUAACAUAUUUAACGAGGACACAAAAAUAAGAUAAUCAUGGGGUUUUCAGUGAUUGUCAAGGCUUUCUGUGAUUCAAAAAACGUAAGGAAUGUGGCAAAUACUGUACCUCCCAUAUGGGACUGAUGAUGUGCAUCGUUGUGUUGUCAUUUAGCAGCUUUCACAUUAUUCUUGUAGUAUACUGUAGAAAAUGAAACUCAAACUAUAACAAAUUGCAAAUACUUUUUUUUUUUUUUCCUAUCCACAUCUAAUAAGUAGAAAAUAUAACUCCCGAGACUCCCUAUGUGUGUGUUUACAUUACCAUAUUUCCUCAAGUUAUCAAGUUACUCAGAAAAGCAAAAACAAUCAUCCCCAUUUCUUUUCAUUUUUUUUUUUUUUUUGUUGGACAAACUGAUUGCUGGAGUGUCCAGCAUGCUGUGUGUACAUUUUUUCUACGUGUCUCUUUUCCAUUAAAUUGGUCUGAUUUA